AACUGUAAACAUGGCGGCCACUGAUGUUAUAAUUGAGGCCAACGAAGUUUCAAUGAGCAAAGAACAGUUAAUUUCUGAUGGUAUUUUCAGCAACAUUGUUAUUUCAAAUUCAUCUGGAAAUCUUGUUCCUUUUAAACUGAUUGAGAAUAGCGACAGGGUGUGGAUAAGCUUGUUGCAGAAUCCUGAAAUAUUCGGGGACAACAACAGUUACAUACGCGGCUUCGUUAAUGGUCCUGAUGAACUGGAAUCGAUUUUGGAGGCCCAUAAACGUGCCACUACAUCGUCAUAUAGCGUGAGAACUUCAAAUUCCAAACGGGACAAAUCUGGAAUAUGGAAGAAGAACAUUCAACCAGUGUUUGUUCGGAGUUGGGAGCCGAAGAUGAAGUUUGAUUACACACCGUUCAUAGUGGUCAAGAUCACGUACAUGGAAUGCGAGUUCGGCAGAGGCUACUGGCGUAAGGAUAAGAAGCAAAAUGAUGACCACAAUUAUCAUAACCUUCCUGAUGACUCGACCAUUGAAUCCAAUCCAGUACCUGGUUCACGCAAACGUGGCUGCCUUGCCAGGUUGACUGUUUGGGAAGUAUUUAUCUUCACAGAGUAUAAAAUAUCAAACUGGGGUGAUUUGCUAGCCCAUCAAUUGCGUGAAGUUAAAAGCCAAAAAUUAGAAGAGUUACGAAAAAGGCUUCACAAUAAAGAAGACGUGCCAUACAAAAAGCGCUUCUUCCUAGAACUUCCAUUUAAGUCUGCACACAAGAACCAUGACUUUGAAGUUUCAGAUGGUCUGCAGUUACGAGUACAUCCUAAAAUUAUUAAUCGCAUUCACCAACAUGUCAGAAGAGGAACAACAAAUCGGGAAGAGGUUAAAAGUUUGAUUGAUACAUUUGUAAAGCAAGAGCUCUCCGGUUGUGGUGUUGAACCAAACCCUCUAGAUAGGUCGUACCACCCAACGGACCGGGACCUAGCCAAUCAUAUUUACCGUGCCAUUAACAUAGAGAAGUUUAAACGUAUUGACCACAGCAAAAUUCAUGAGAAAGUCUCAAGUCUUCAAGGGAGCUCAACGGGGCAAAGAAUUCUGUACCAGCCUACUACAGAGAAAGCACUUCAAAAGGGCAAAGAAAAAAGUGAAGAUGACACUCUCUUCAUGUUGCUUUAUCAGGAGGCCUGGCAAAUCAACCUAAUGAAAAGCAGAUUGAAGGUGCUUUAUGUGAUAGAUUCUACAUACCGAACUCUUAAAUAUCCGUUACCUUUGUACACUGUAUGGAUUUACACCGAUGAGAAGUUUAUAUGCGUAGCUACUAUAAUUAUUCAGUGUGAUACUACAGACGAUCUGGCGCAAGCUCUCCAGUACUUAAGGAGUUGGAAUCCAGAUUGGCAGCCUGACUAUUUCCUCUUGGAUGCCCAGCAGCAAUGUUGGAAGGCAGUUGAACAGACUUUUCCAGAAUCCAAGGUUUUUGUCAGUUCCUUUCAUUGCAACCAAGCAUGGUCACAGUUUUUGGCAUCAACUAAACUGAAUUUACGGGAAUCAUCUCGAUUGCAUAUCUAUUCACUUUUACAAAGAGCCGCAAACUCAUCCUCCAAGGAGGGUUAUGCAGAAGCAGUUGACAUGAUUCAAACGACACAAGAAUGGAAAAGCAGUGAUUAUCUCCGUUACAUUAUCAAUCGCUUCUGGUUUCAUAAUUCCUCGAAAUGGGCAAUGAGUAGCCAACCAGAGGAAUUAGUCUUAGCAAUGUCAGGAAGUGCACAAGACAAAUUAAAGUACGCUUUGGAAUAUGAUUAUCUUCCACAUAUCUGGAAUAAAACCGUUAGUGUUCUCAUCGAACUUCUUAGUGAAAAGUUUUUUCCAGAGGUUGUGCGGACGGAUGGGGAACUAGAAUUGAUUAACAUGGAGCAAGACUUCGCAGAAAUUGUACCAAACGAAAUACGAAGUGAAAACAUCGGUGACAUAGGUAAUAAAGAUAAUUGUGACGAUGGGUAUUAUGAUUUAAAACAAACUCUUGCUGUAAACAGUAAUACCUUAUCAAAAUCAGGAGACGCAAAAUUAGCAUUGAUCAAAAGGGAAAUCAAGAGUCUAUGCAAAGAAAUUGAUGUUAUGACUCAAAGCUGUUCACAGAAGGAAAGUCUUGUAAAAGUUGUCAUGUCUUUACGGACAUUCAAGAAAGAUCUUUUGACAGAAAUUACCAAGGAUUUUAGAGAAUCUCAGAAGCGAGGUCGGAAGCAGCGCACUAAGAUGCUUAAGAAGGUACAGAAGCGGCAUGAUGCAGAGCACGGCCAUACAUCAGACACUGUCGGUAGCAAGGACACCUCUAUUAGUAGACUAAGUGAACCAGCGUACAUAUCCAAUAUUCACACAUUCAUGGAGGAAAGGGUUAUUCACCUAGUGCAUAUCGAUCAGACAGAAGAACCUUGUGAUGUGCCUAGGGUUGCAGAAGCAGUUGAAAUCUCACUUGACCAUUCAGAAAUGAUCCAGUAAAAGGCUUCAUAUUUUUUGCUGUUGUAAUAAAGUAGUAAUUCAGUUUUGUUAAAAUUUAUUCUGGAAGACAUCGCACAUGUUGCAAAUUUUCAUGCUGUGAUAUCAGUGGCAGACCAGUUUUAAAAUUCUUGAUUCAGGAUUGUGCAUAAUCUAAAUUGGCAAAAACUGAAUUGUUUCAAUCUGUGUCUCAUUUAAAGUUGAUAACUUAUUUGAUCCUUUCUAAAGCCCUGUAGAGACUCAUAUUUUAUUUGACAAAAAACUGUUGUAUGCCCAUAUAUAGUCAUGAUGUGCCUAUAUAUGGUCAUGAUAUGAUGUCAUUUUUGUCAAAUAUAAUUUGAUAGUCUGGAAAGGGCUUUAUCAGCAAUUCAAUUAUGCAUUAUUGUAAUUAUUAGUUUAUUUUUAUUUUCUUUUUCUGCCACAAGAAAGUAUAUCUUUAAUUUCUGGAGUGGCUCUUUAACAAAUUUAUGUCAACAUGUUCGUUGAAUUGUUCUUUUGAAGUAUUUUCUUCAAAUACAGUAAUGUGAAUUAUUGAUUUAAAAUAUACCAUAUCAUGAUUUGAUAUCUUAUUUAAUUGAAAUUGAAAAUAGUUUGGUAGGCCUACAAUAGAUGUAGUAUCUUAGGAAAACAUGGCUGUUGACCAUUUUAUCAGGUAUAAUUUGAAACAGCGCCGCCAACGUCUCGCAAGCCACUGUGGGACUUCCAGCAGCGUAGUCUAGCCUUACCAUGCCAGCUAGCUAGAGUCAAAUAGAGUGCCAUGCACACUGAUAAGUGCGUAGGCCUCUGAAAGUCCCCCAGUGGUAGUUGCCAGGUUAUCGGAAAUUUUCAUUUAACAUUUCGCGAAAGUGGUCUAUAGACUAAAGCCGGACGCCCACUGUGUCCAACGGUCGACGUGAUUCCAUGGAGAACGUAACAUGAUGAUGCGCACAAUGAGUCUUUGUUAAUGGCGAUCCGUUCAGACUGCCAUCGACAAUCAGCAGACAGUUUUAUAUCAUCAAAUGUUCAGAAGGAGCAGAGAUGGAAUUGUCGGCUGGCAGUCAUACAACAGUCGCAUGACGUAGUGGGUGGCCUGGCUUUGUACAGUAGGUAUACUAAGUCUUCGGAAAUUUCCAUCGAAUACCAUUUAUAUGACAUAAUAGAUGAAUUUUCAUCCACAUUAACAUUAUUAUGGAAAAGUUUUUCCAUUUGAAUUAAUUACCAUUAUUUUUUUUUUAAAGAAAAAAAAAAUAUAUUACAGUACAAUGUAAUUAAUAUAGUAUUUUUUUUAAUUGCUUUACUGUAGGUUUGUACACUGAAUGUAAAAUAAGGAACGUUUACUAUAUUUUAAUAAAAGAUCAUAGAAGAAUGAUAUGCCUUUAUUGCAAAUCGUAUUGUUACACCAAACGCAAUCAUUCCUUGCAAUGUUAAUAACUACAGGUAUAUAGAAAACAUCUCGAAAUUUCGUAUUCUGCUGUGAAACUGUAAAUAUUUAAUUUUACAUAUUAGUUUGGCGCCAUAGGUCAUAUUCAAAAAAAAAAAAAGAAACUAAUAUUAACAAUUUUAAAUAGUAAAAGCCCAUUUCGCACUUUACAUCGAGUGGGUUCGAGACAGACGCUGAGCACAAAACAAGUGUCCUUAGGCAAGACACUAGUUUGUCUCUCUUCGCCCAGGAGUAUAAAUGGAUAUUGGGGCCAUAUGAGUUGAAGAUUUUAAAAAGAUAUUGGUAGUACUAAUUACAAAUAGUAAUAAGAGAGCAGGGAGGUGGCACAUAAUGCAUAAUUGAUCCAGUAACCAGAGAACAAAAAAAUGUAUUGAGCAGUUACAGAUUUUAAAUUGAUAAGUGCGCUAUAUAUCCUGCAUACAUAAAUAAUAAGAGAAUAAAUACGAAUAUAUAUAAUCCACGUAAUUCGUAAUAUACAGCAUAAAAAAAUUACAAGGAAGGAGAAAGACAAAUGAAGAGUUUCACAUUCAGAAACUUGCUCAUUCAUAAAAUGUUCACGGUUUAAUUUACAAAAUAUUUUCAAGCCGCAUAAGUAACUUAUUUAAAGUCACUUUUUAUUGACGAGAAGACAGCAAAAA